AUGACAAGCCUGGAAGUGAUAAACUUUGGUUGUUGUGAGAGUUUGAUUGAGAUUCCAUCAUCCAUUCAGUGCCUGAAAAGACUCUGUUCUCUUUAUCUAAACGGAUGCGAAAAGUUGAGAAGUCUUCCACAAAUGCCGAGAGGCAUAAAAUAUUUAGAACUCGCUUUUUCUGGAGUGGAAGAGUGGUCUCCGUCAUCUAUCCAAUUUCUUGACAAUCUUUUGGUCUUAAAUAUUGCCCAUUGCGAAAACCUUAGAAGUCUUCCAAGAAUUAUAUAUUGCAAUACUUUUGUGAGAAUUCAUAUCAGUUUCUGCCCAAAUCUCAUCAUGGCUCCGCAGAUUAUGAAAAGUUCAGAAGUAUUGCCCUCAUCAAAUAUUGGUAUUUUUGAGUUAAAUUUGGAAGGAUGUAAAAUGCUCAACAGUCUCCCAAACAGCAUUUGUGAAUUGAAAUGUCUUGAGACUCUAAAUCUCUCUGGCUGUUCAAAUCUAGAGAAACUGCCUCCUUUAUAUGGUUUAUGCUCCUUAAAGAAGCUAUAUCUAGAUGGCACUUCAAUGGAAGAAUUGCCGUCAUCAAUUGGUUGUCUCUCUUCACUUGUUAUUUUGCAUUUGAAUGGAUGUAAAAUGCUCAACGGUCUCCCAAACAACAUUUGUGAAUUGAAAUGUCUUGAGACUCUAAAUCUCUCUGGCUGUUCAAAUCUAGAGAAACUGCCUCCUUUAUAUGGUUUAUGCUCCUUAAAGAAGCUAUAUCUAGAUGAUACUCCAAUGGAAGAAUUGCCGUCAUCAAUUGGUUGUCUCUCUUCACUUGUUAUUUUGAAUUUGAAUAGAUGUGAAAAGCUUAAGAGUCUCCCAAACAGCAUUUGUGAAUUGAAACGUCUUGAUACUCUACAUCUCAGGGGCUGUUCAAAUCUAGAGAAAUUGCCUCCUUUAUAUGGUUUAUGCUCUUUAAAGGAGCUAUAUCUAGAUGGCAUGCACUCGUAA